UCAUAUCUAUUCCUUAAUAUGAUGUGUGUUAAUGGUUUGAAAUCAGCCACUACUGCAACAAAUAAUGAGUUGAUUUGGACAAGUACUAACUUGAAGAGAGGAGAUGAUCAACCUGAGCUUCAUUUUUUUGAGUUGGAUAGUGUACUAAUAGCCACAAACAAGUUCAGCAUUACAAACAAGCUUGGUCAAGGAGGGUUUGGUCAUGUUUAUAAGGGACAACUACAUGGGAAGGAAGUUGCAGUGAAAAGACUGUCUAGCAGCUCAUCACAAGACGAUGAAGAAUUUAGAAAUGAAAUGAUAUUGAUCUCCAAACUUCAACAUAGAAAUCUUCUUAAGCUCGUUGGUUGCUGCAUUGAAAUUGAAGAGAAGUUGUUAAUAUACGAGUUCAUGCUCAACAAGAGCUUGGAUACUUUUAUUUUCGAUGAUAGAAGAAGGGAAGAGCUUGAUUGGGUCAUACGGUUCAACAUUAUUGAUGGCAUUGCGAGAGGUCUUGUGUAUCUCCAUCGAGAUUCCAGUUUAAGGGUGAUACAUCGAGAUUUGAAGGCCAGUAAUAUUCUCUUGGAUGAGAAGAUGACUCCAAAAAUUUUCUGAUUUUGGAUUAGCAAGGAUUUUUGAAGGCACGUUAGAUCUAGCAAAUACUCAUAGGGUGGUAGGAACAAUCAGCUAUAUGUCUCCAGAGUACGCAUUGAGAGGAAUCUUUUCGGGAAAAUCUGAUGUAUUUAGCUAUGGCAUGUUACUACUAGAGAUAAUAAGCGGGAAAAAGAAUACUAGCUUCAAGAAUGAGGAUCAAUACCAAGGCCUUAUUGCAUAUGUGAGUAGUUCACAAAAGAAACCUCUCAAAUUGUGUUAUUAUGUUUGUGUGUUGUGGUGGAAAAUUGAGGCUGAUAUCAAUGUAAUGAAACAAUCAUGGCAGCUAUGGAGUGAAGGCAGAGGAAUAGAGUUGGUGGAUGAAGCAUUAGGCGAGUCAUAUAAUGAAUCAGAGGCAUUGAAAUGCAUACACAUUGGGCUUCUGUGCGUUCAAGACUUUGCCACAUAUAGACCUUCCAUGGCUCAAGUAACCUCCAUGUUAAGUAACCAAAUAUUUGAUCAACCUCAACUCAAACAACUUAUUUUUACUUUUCAAGCCAGCAAUAGUAGUUAUGAUCCUUCCACACAAAGUGGUAGUAGAUGCUCUGCCACUAUAUCUGUGCUUG